UCACCCAUGUGCUUCUAACCUUCACAGACUCCAUGAAUUGAUGCCCAUCUCCUAAAUAUUUGGUCACAUUAUCAAUUUCUUUGACCAUUUCCAAGCAACAGGGGGUGGCUCAACUUACCCUUUGGCUCAAUUUACCCCACUCCCCCUAGUUGUCAGUUCAUGAUAAAAUAAACUGGGAUUGAAGCACAAGACUGCAGUAAACACAAAUACAUGUCCCAACGUGUGAAGUAGGCUACUGGACUUUAGAGGGCUUGAAAUAGAAGAAAUAUGAGGUUGCAGAAGGUCAGUGUUUCAGUAAAAAAUCAAGUUUGACGCUGUGUACCUGGGCCUCAUACGGAAAAGAGGAGGAAUUCACGCUCGAGGUUGGGUUGCCCACGCCCUCUACGUCACUGAGCUCGAGCCUCAAAGUUUAGACUCAACUCUCCUGACUUCAUUUCUCCUCCUCGCGCUCGCAUGCCCUCACCUUCCUCCCUCCCUCCCGUCCUUUUGUCCGUCCGUCGGUGCUCAAUGCUGGAGGGAAACAUGCUCAUAAACUCACGGAAUAUUUCACAACUUUUAGUCGAUUGACGCAACACGGACAGCCCGCCUUCUCGCGACAGGUAAACUCACCUUACUCUUGGUUGUUCAGGUAACUCUCAUUUCUCCUUUUCCAGAGUCUGUCGGUGAAAUAAUACAUUUGUGACUUUUAUAUGUUGGGUUAGUUUGUUCUGCACGAGCUCUCUGUCAGUCUCUGAGGAUUUUUAUUUCUUAACUCCUCCUCGCUGUUUUUGGUAAUUUUGAGGAAAAUGUGUUGUCACUUGAAGUCAUAGAGGCAGUCCUUCCCUACUUUGACUAUAUUACGUGGAAAUCUUGUCUUGCAGCAUAUUUGUAAUGUUUACUUAAAAGAAUGUCUAAACAGGUAGAAAAGCUCAGGUAGUGACUGUGGACCUUUUUAUUUCACUUUGUGACCGCCUACUGUUUUGGCUCUUACUGCACAGUAACUGUCUUGUCCAGCUCAAGUUGUGUAUGAACCUUUUUUAGUUUUAUCCAAAGCAGCUCCUUCUACUUAAUCACAAUUUCUGCAUAAACUCUUGCCCCUCGUCAACAGUGUUGCAAUCUGGCAACUCAAGUAUUGUAUUCAAGCAGUCUAUUGUUGAGUUUUCUUUGUUUGAUAUUAACUAGUCCCUCUCAAAUGCUCACUGCCAAACCUAUACACAUAUAUGCGACAAUGAAAGGUAUUUGUUUUCUUUUAAUCUAUAAUUUUUGCUCCCAAGAGGCAGAGAGCUUGUAAAAUACGAUGUUCACUUUCACAAUUAAAACUAUUAAAAGAGAUUAAUCACUGUGAACAUUUUUAUCCAAUGCAAAAAUAUUCCAUUGUACUGCUGUAGUGAAAUGAGUAGAUUUUGUUAUUGUCCUUGUGACUGCUGCAUAAAGUGAGGCUUUAGUAUCUUAUUCAAGUACAGGUGUCUCUCAAAGUAAUAUUGUGAAAAUUGUAUUUUUUAUUAUUCAAAAUAGUAAAGUCUAAUACAGUCUGUGUGAACUGCAUGUAAGGUGGAAUGUCCAUGCGUUUUUGUUCAGCUCAUUAGAAUCUUAAAUCCUGUAUCAUACAUUAAUAGAAUAUUUACAAAGAUUUAUCAAUAAACAAAUAUAAAACGUCCAGCCUGAGAAAAAUAUGUUCAUUGAUUCACUCACAAACUUCUGCAGCAGUAUGGUAUGGCAUGGUGGUGGUUGUGCAGGUUUAUUGAUGCCAAUUCUGUUUUUCUGCAGUUUUUUGGUUGGGUGUUUCUCAUCUCCUUUUUGACAUAUGUUCAACACAUUCUCUAUUGGGUUUAGGUCAGGCCAGUAACAUCAUGUUUCGCAAACCAUUUAGUUGUAGUUUUGGCGCUGUGGGUAGGUGCCAAGUCCUGCUACAAAAAAAAAGGAAAUCAGCAUCCUCACAAAGCUCGUCUUCACAUGGAAGGAUGGAGUAUGCUAGAAUGUUCUGCUCUGGAGCUGCAUUGACCUCAUGCUUGAUAAAACACAGGGAACCAACAUUAGUUGAUGUCAUGGCACCCCAAAUCAUCUUCAACCGUACAAACUUCACAUUGGACCUCAAGCACCUUGGAUUCUGUGCUUUUCGACCUUGAUCUCUAAAUGAAAGGCACAUUUUUAGCAUUUAAGAGGAUUUUGGUCCACUGAUCAACAGUCCAGGUCUCUUCCUCCUUUGCUGAAGUACUGUGCUGCUUACAUUUCUGGUUCAGUUGUGGCUUGGCAUCACAAAUGUGAACGUUGUAGCCCCAUUUCCAGAUGUUUGUACAUGGUGGAUCUUGAUGCACCGUUGCCAGCUUUAGUCCCUUCACCUCACCCAAGUUUGUGAUUGAUUCUCAUCCUAUUAAAUUUCCAUCACUACUCUUCGGUACAACACUCUGUAAACUGACAGCCUUUGACGCUCUGUAGGGAGGUGCCAAUGACAAUGACAAUUCAACAAAAGUCAUCAGUCUUUUCCAUGACUGUGGUUGUGUUUUGAUGAUAUUUGCUGAUUCUAACUCAAAAUGAAAUGUUUUAAUAUUUUGGGCAGUUUUUUUUUAUUUUGAGUUAAGGCCAUAAUAAUCAAAACUAUAAGACAUUUUACUUUGAGUAUUAAGAGCCUAGAAUCAAUUACAUUUUCUUUUACUCUUCCAAAUUUUACCAAAUAUUUUGGAACACCCUGUUUUGUCCAAAAUCCUAAAGUAGUGCCUUAACCAUCAAAUAGGACAACAAAAUUGCUGAAAAAAGGAAAUGAAAAAACAUUAAGGAAGCACACUUCUCCAUCCCUAUUUAGUGGUUGACAUUCAACUUUCUGCUCAUCGUUUAAUUACUCUAUCAGUUCAGCUCUCUUGUAAUAGUUAAAGUGUUGUUAAACUUUUUUCUAUUGUUCUUAUUUUUCUCAUUUCUAUUUCACAGACUGGCCUCUAAAAUGGCUCAUCUGAACCAGACCUGUCAUUAUAAUGAGUCCAUGGGCUUCUUCUACAACAACAGCGGUGCUGAUGAUAAAUGGUACAGCGCUCAGCUCACCCUAGUGCAGGUGGUCGGCUCUCUCUUCUGCUGUUUCAUCCUGGUUUCCAACGCCAUGGUUAUAGCUGCUGUCAUCACCAAUAAGAGGUUCCACUACCCUUUCUACUAUCUCCUCGCAAACCUCGCCGCCUCUGACUUCCUGGCGGGGAUUGCGUAUGUCUAUCUUAUGUUUAAUACGGGUGAGGCAUCACGGAAACUUACAGUGAAAGGAUACUUCAUCCGUCAGGGUCUACUGGAUGUAAGUCUCUCUGCCUCACUCGCAAACCUGUUGGUGAUCGCUCUGGAGCGCUACAUCUCUGUCAUGCACUGGAACGUUCACAGCAACUUGACCAAGAGAAGGGUGACCCUGCUGAUCGUGCUGGUGUGGGCCAUCUCCAUCUUCAUGGGAGCUGUGCCCAGUCUGGGCUGGAACUGUAUCUGCAACCUGAGUGACUGCUCCCAGCUAGCACCCAUCUUCAGCAGAAGCUAUUUGGUCUUCUGGUCAGUGUCCAACUUGGUGGUGUUCCUGGUGAUGGUGGUCAUAUACUUGAGGAUCUAUGCUUACGUCAAGAAGAAGACAGCCAUGCUCUCUCCGCAUACUAGUGGCUCCAUCAACCGCAAGAGGACACCCAUCAAGCUCAUCAAGACGGUCAUGGUUGUACUCGGUAGGUGCUGAUCACAAAAAUAAGUCAGUGCGGUAUCAUUGAUAUGACUGUGAGUCUUAACAUUUCCUGCCUGUGUCAGCUGUAAGCUGCCUUAGUGCACAGCUGUGUGUGUAAUUGCUGGGGCUUGAAGAGGUCACAAAGUCCAGGAAAUUCAGCGAGUCUCUGCUGAUCAUGCUGGAAUGUAACCAGUGUCGUCCUGAUAAGAGAGGAAACCUUGAGCAUAAUAACACAAACACUUAUACUUUCAUUAAAUGUGAUAUGGGCUUGUCAGUGAUUUCAGGGUCAGUCUGAAGUGAAAGAAAAUGUAGUGUCUUUAAAAUGUUUCUUUAAUUCUCUAUUUUUUGUUGCUUUUUAUAAAAAGUCAAAUUAUUCUCAGUUUUAUGUUCAGUGGCUAACCUUAUUCACACCAGUGUUAUUUUCGUUGACGAUGACGUUGAUGAAAAUAUUUCAUCAUCUUCAACAAAAACAACACUGCAGAAUAUAUGUUUAGCGUUUGACUGAUGAAAUGCUCAUGAAUUUCGCAAAUCUGUUCGUCGUCCACCACUAACGUUUUUGUCUAGUCUGUCUCGUCUACGUAAACGCACAUUCGUCUCGUCACAUUUUAGUCAUCUAAGACUCUAAGAAAAAAGGGGCAUUGACGAAAACAACCCUGAUUCACACAUUAUUUUUAUUGAUAUAUUCAAAUAAUCAACUGUUUAGCCAAUUAAAUGUUAGAAUAUGCUAAUAGAGACACAGCUGAGAUGUACAUCUCUCAUUUGGUUCUUCGGCGUAGUCAACUGCUGCACCCACAUAAAACAGGAAAAUUAAGCAAAUUCUAUUUUUUUAGCAGCCUAAUUUAGACAUUUUAUUUUUAUAUUUUGAUGCCAUAAACACAUUAAACAAUCAAAAGUAGACUUGCAGCACAUUUUUUCCCUCUGAGAUAAGAGAACAUAGAAAGAUCCUAUCUUUUCUCUUGCAUUCUCAUCCUAGAUGAGGCAGUCAGAUAUCCUGGUCCGGCUCUUUGUUAAGCUGUUGCAACAGGAUACCUUGCAAAAGAGACAAAGCACACAAUCACUCCCCUCCCUUUGCCCUGCUUCAACAAAAGGGAAGGACUUCUAGAACCUCACCUGAACAGAAAAACAGGGCAAUAAAUGCACAUUUUCAUGCAGCUUGAACACACAGCAUAUAAAGUAAGUUUCUCUACCAUCGAGAUAAGUAAUUCUUUAGAAAGUGCUGCAUUUUAGAUCGGGUCAAACAAGUUCACUUCCGCACUGAAAGCAUUCAAUCUAUGUUUUCAUUCACUCUUCACACAGAUAAAAACUGGCAUGACACAGUUGUAGCGACUUGCACAGUUGCCUUGCAGGAUAGAAGUCACUCAUUGUUCUUUGUCUCUUUGGGCACUUAGCUUUCCUGGAUGGAUGGCUUGACAUAGUAUGUAGCUGUCUGAGCGAGCUGUCUGCCUCUGAGCUCACUUUAUCCCAGACUGCUGUGUAAUUAUCUCUCCCUGUAACGACCCAGCUCCACCGCCUGUGUGGCGUAACAUCCACACACCACAGCACACAAACCGGACUUCAGUGAACAUCCCCUCCUCCAAACCCAUCCAAAAAAAGGAAAGGGUAAAGAGGAAGAGGAACCUAUACUUGAGGACUUCGUAAAUUGCUUUCACAUGAUUUUCAGAGUUCCCUUGGGUUUGUGGAGUGUUUGUACACAUAAGUCAUUGUUAGUUCAAAUGUAAAAAAGUAACAGGUGGUGAGAAGAGCGUAGCAGCAAUCUCUGAUAGAGAAAAAGAAGGAAAACUUUAGACAUGGAAUCAUAUUCAAGACUUGGGGAAUAAAUAAGCAUCAGUUCGGAGUAAAAGCUUUUAGCUCAAGCCAAAGUCCCAACUGGACAGACUAGUUUGAAGAUGUGAAACCAACACAUGAUUUCUUACAGCCAGACUAAAAUUAAUGAACACACACACAGUAUGUGUUGAGAUGAAAGAUGGGAAUGAAGGUGGCUUGGAAGUUAAGAAAAUAUUCAUUUAAGUGUAGUACACAACUAGUUACACUAAACUAUCUUCAUUUCCUUAAUGCCUAAUAAAAUGGUGUGAAGAGAUACUUUUUUAAAUACAUGAACUCCAUGCCAUCCCUGCACUCAGAGAUCUCCCUCACAGCCCUGAGAGAGACACAUCUGAUUGCAUUUGUUGAGUAGAACCUCAAACUUCUCCACACAGUUAAAGAUUUAGUUUUCACUCGUAGUUUAAACUCAAGCACUGUGACUCCAAAAUGUUGGUAAAAGGUAUUACUCAAGCGUGUGCUUUCUCAGUCUUAUUUUUUCUCAGACUAAAGAACAAAAAUGUAUUUCUAACUGAGAUGUAUUUCAACCUGACAGUAAGAGCCCAGAAGAUUUGAUCACACUGGGUGUAAACCAGCUCAGAACAUCUGGACUAUAAAAUGCGUAAUUGAAAGUGUGAGUGUGAAAAAUGAAUUACUCGUGAAAAUGUGGUGAACUUUGUUUGACUUUCAGGCACAACAGCAGUUAAAUACAAACCCACACCAAUCCUCAUACUAAGCCCUCUUUAUCUGCAUGCACAUGAAUCUUAUGCUUGAAGGACAAAGAUCAGGAGAGCUGUUUUAAAGCACUUGUUUUUUUUUUUUUUUCUGCAGAUGCAUUAAAGCUGUUGUAGACAUGCUGGUGUUGUCAACACCACUGCUUGCAGACAAGUUGCUGCUUGUUGCUUCCUUUCAGCCCCAGAAAUCUCUUUAGUAGCUCUGUUUUGUGCCCCAACAUGUCUGAAACGGAUGGUUAAUAAGGGUUGCUUUGGUAGCCCUGUGACUUAUCAUAUUAUUUAACACAAUAAUGGCAUUGUGUCCUCAACAUGUGUCAGCUUGUUGUCGAAGGGGCACUGCUGAGUUAGAGUGCUAUUUAUUUCUCUCAGUAAUGCGAGGCUAUGUAACCACUAACACAUUCUGGUAUUAGCUGAAUUUGUUUGUUUGGUUAAGACACACAUGUAAAUCAGAUGGCAGAUAUUAAAAGUUGUGUACACAGCUGAGUCACUUCAUCAUUAUUAAAGUGAUUGAAUGGUAAACACAAAGGGGAGAAAUGAAAUCAUCAACCAUCUUGAUAAGGCUGCUGUGCAAUAAGGAGGAUAGAUAGAUAGAUAGAUAGAUAGAUAGAUAGAUAGACUUUUUUGAUCCCAAACUGGGAAAUUCUCUUGUUACAGCAGCAAAAACAUACAAAAUAAAAUUAAAUAUAAGAAGUAUGUACAAUGCAGACUAAAAACACUAAAUAUAUAUAAUAAAUACAGUCUAAAUAUACUAAACAUCCUAAGAGAAAAAAGUGAGAUAUGAAGAACGUGGGCUAUUGAAUUGAGUAAUAAAUAUGAAAUGAGUAAUAGAUAUGAAAUGAGUUAUAAAAUGAAAUGCAAAAUAUACAGAUGGGAUAAAUAUGAAAUGCAAAAUAUAUAGAUGGGUGCAAAAUAUGCAGAUGGGCGUGGUUGGAGUUUUAAAAAUGGACGAUACAGCAGACAGAUUUGAGUCCCUGUCUGACAGAUUUUAGUUAUUAAAUAGUGCAAUAGCUUGUGGCCGGAAAGAUUUCCUGUACUUGUCCCUUAUGAUAUGAAGAAGAUAUGAAGUAACUUUGGGAUUAAUUUUUAUUUCCCAUUUAGAGGCUUUUUAAAUACCCAGUCCCUCCUUUACAUCAUGCUUAAAACUGUUAUGAAUCAUGUUGAUUCAAAUCUACACACUUGUGUGAUUAACAUGUUCCAACAAUUCAUUCAGUAUGUUAAAGCAAAAUUAAGAUCAAGGUUCUUGAUUAUUUUCCCUCAUGCAGAGAAAGAGAGACAAGCAGUUUUUGUAAAUUUUUAGUAGAUCUUUGGGAAUGGUGAUGCCUUCCAUACAGAUGUGUGAGAAUGAAGUGUUUUAAAAGCCUAACUAUGUUUGAUUUCUCUUUUUUUCCCCUUAAGGAGCCUUUGUGAUCUGCUGGACUCCCGGCCUGGUGGUUUUGCUGUUGGACGGCCUCAACUGUACGAGCUGCAACGUCAUGAAAUUAAAACGCUGGCUCCUGCUCCUAGCCGUGCUUAACUCUGUCAUGAACCCCUGCAUCUACUCCUACAAGGAUGAGGAGAUGUGGACAACCUUCAAAAACCUCUUGCGCUGCAUUGGGAAUGGUACGCGGAGGCAGCGGUCAACGAAGGCCAAUGCCAGGCCGCUCAGCUCCACUCAUGAUACAGGCAACAGCCAGCCUCCGUCAGAGGAGACAAAAAAUGAUGAACAGGAUAUACUAAAGACCUGAAACAUGGCAGAACCGGAUCUUUUGUUCUGUUUUGACUGGAUGUCGCUUAGAAAGACGCAGAUCGAAGUUGACUUGAAAGAGGAACCACACCCUUGUCUCCGGUUGGUCUCAGGGUAUCAUUGUUGUUGUCAGAUUUACUUUCUCCUCUCAUGGCAGGCUCGUUGCUUCAGCAUAGAGCUGAGGUGGUGUUUAGAUGGACCUACAAAGAGACUAUGAUGCACUACCAAUAUCCCAAAUGCUUAUGAUCGAGUAAGAUAUGUUUUUCAGAAACUACAGGAAUUUUGUAGUCACGUAUUUCUCAUUUGUUUCUCAUUAGCAGUGAGAAAUUUCCUGCUGGAUUUCAUCCUACAUGGAUAAUUCUGCGCUCUGUUUGCUGAGGAAGAGUCAGUUGGGAAGUACAGUGUGGUACAUUUCUUCUGUUUGCCUGUAAAAGUGUAGAAAUUAUGCAGAGUCCACCAUUUGCAUGAGUCUUGAGAUAAUUUAUUUGGUUACAGCCUAUCCUUAAGGUUUCCUUCAAGUGCAGCAGUUUUAAAGUGAUACUGAAAGGGAUCUAGAUCUAGAAUAGAAAUGCAGCUUGUUUGUAGACAAGUAUUAUAUAACUGUAGACUUACAAGAUGGUUUUAAAAAGUAUCCCCUGUAUUUUAUACACAGCAAACAAAAAUAUUGUAAACUACUAUUCUCUAUAUCUACUUUUACAUCUUGAAAGAGAGGAGGUGAGGUCAUUCAAUUGUUUGACAGCAUGGUCUAGUUGAUUGGUCAAUAUUUACAAUGUUUUACUUGAGUGUUGAAUAUCGCCUCCCGGUUUUGUUGUUUUGGAAGAACGCUCACCUCAGGGGAGAAGAUAAACAUCACUCUUUCCUUGUCUCUUCCAGUGGAUUUUAUCCCUUCACUUGAACAAACAGAAAACUCUUGCCCGCAGCACCUCAUGGAGGUAAACUUGUUCUCCAUUGUUGGCUUGGAAAACACGAGUAUUGCUGCUCUGGAGAAACAGCUGCUCACCUGACAGUGCGAGGGUUGUAAAACAAUGUUGCAACACACUGGAUUCCUGCUGGUGGUUCAUAUUACUGAAGAGGAUAUGACUGAAAAGACUAUAACCAUACACACACAUUCACACACUCCAACACCCCUCACCCUAGACCAGGCUGCUCUGAUGACUUCAUUGCUAAAUCACUGACAGGGUCCAAAAGACUCUUCCACUUGCUGUACAGUAUUUAUAUUGCUCCUGCUGUAGAGGACAUGAGAUCAUUAAAGCUGUUUUUUU